AUGGUGUCUCACAGGGCACAGCUCUACAUGAUCUUAAAUAAUUGGGAUGAGGCGCUCAGUCGGGAUGAGUUCUAUCUCUGCUUCCAUGUCAAGGUUGAUGUUUUUGAUUACAUUCUCUUUGCUACCUCAUCACAUAUGACAUGUUUUGGUUGCAGUGAAGAGGGACACGCCAUCAAAGCCUGUCCUAGCCAAGGAACCCCAGCUCUGCCUGGCCCGGGGGGAGCAACUGGGGCUGUCGAGCACACCUGCUCCACAGAGCAGCACACUGCUGCUGAGCAGCCCAGUUCUGCAGAGCAGCAUGCCAGUGCCAAGUGGGCCAGUUGUGUGGAGAAGCACACUGGUUCCAAGCGAUCCAGUUCUGCAGAGCACUCUAGUGCUGUGGUGCACUCAGGGUGGGAGAGUGGCCUGUCCCGGACAGCGAUUUUGAAUCUGAAGGAGAAUCUAAAGAAUUCCAACGAGACGAAUAAUCCCAAGAAAAAUCUGAAGAAAAAGAAUCGGGAGAAGAAUCCAAAGAAGAGUCAGAAGAAGAAUCUGAGGAAAUCGAAGAAGAAUCUGAGGAAUCCAAAGAAGAAUCUGAAGAAAAAGAAUCGGAAGAAUAAUUCAAAGAAGAAGCCGAAAAAUCCGAAGAAGAAUCUGAACAAUCCGAUGAAGAAGAAGAAUCCAAAGAAGAACAUGAAGCAAAAGCCAACCAAAGAAAAAGCCAAGAAGAAUCCGAAGAAUCCGAAAAUAUUACAAAGAAUCCAAAGAUUCUGA